CCUGAAUCCACAAAAUGUAAUGCUACAGACAAGGUGAGGUCUAGUGCAAGGACGUUGCCAACGUUCAAUCUCUUCCCCCGGCGAAAUGGCGUCAAAGAACGAUACGAGUGUCGAAGACGAGGAUGAUUACAUGAACAUGACGUUUGAGGAGUCGGCCGCCUCGAAAAAGACAGAGACCUUAACUCAACGCAAGAAGCGACUAGCGAGAGAAGCCGAAAUCAAAGGGCGACCGAAAUCGAAGGCGGAACUGGCAGAGGAAGAGCGCAAGAAGAGAGACGCGGCGUUGAACUCUACAACGAUGGACACAAGUAGCAAAGGUUUCAAGAUGAUGGCGGCCCUUGGGUACAAGCCCGGAACUGCGUUGGGUGUUUCUCGUGCAGCCGAGAGCGAAACCAAAGAUGACCGUCUGCUCGAGCCUAUAGGUCUUGAGAUGAAGGACUCGCGCAGCGGUAUCGGCGCGGAUGCGGAGAAGAAGCGCAAGUUCCGGGAAGAAAUGGAGGCGCAUGCAGAGGUCGAGAAGAAGCAGAAGGUCGAAGCGGGAGAUUUUCGAGAACGACAGCAGAAGGAGCGCGAGGAGAAGAGGAUGGAAGGCCAGAUGUGGGGUGCCAUGAAGGUCUGUGAGAGACUCGAGGAUGAGGAUGAAGAUGAAGAUGCCAAAGACUCCUCUUCCGGUGAGAAUGGCGACGCGGUCAAGCCCAGGCGAACUACAAAGCCAUUGAAGAGUGUCAACGUCCUGUGGCGGACCUUGGUCAAACAAAGACUUAUAAAUGAACGGGAUCGCAGGAUGAGGUACGACCUGCAACAGUCUUUGUCAAGACGGCCAGACUACAAUGACCCGGAUGAGGAGAAGGAAGAUGCCAUGGCACUCGGGAGAAGGGCUGAGACGGAAGAAGUUGAUGUAGACAUCGAUGAAGAAGACGAAGAACUCGAUGAGUUUGCAACUCUGGAGGUCUCUGAAAGACUAACGAAACUCGUUUCAUACCUCAGAGAAAGAUGGAAUUACUGUUUCUGGUGCAAGUUCAGAUACCCCGACAAAGAAAUGGAAGGGUGUCCUGGCUUGACCGAGGAGGAUCAUGAUUGAAUUAUCCAGUCAUGCUAGAUGAGACAUGAAAUAUCAGAAGUGUCUGCGCAAUGAUGUUAUGUCAAUGACGAACUGUCUUAUUCUUUG